AUGAGAGACAUCAACAGCGUCUCCAAAGAAAAUGUACGUUUGCUACCCGACGAUCCAAAUGAGCCCCUUCCCACACCGAUAAGAAAUGAUCUGCCCAUUCACGAACGGAUGACAGCCAGGGCAGGGCGAAAAGAGAAGAAGAGGGUAAGGGAAGCAUUCAAGUCACUAUGGUUGAGGAAUACAGAGAGGGAGUUAAACGAAUGCAUGGUCAUCCUGGAAUCAAGUAUUGCGCCUGACAUGAGAGACUCAAUGGAUGCCCUGUGUGAAAUCCUAGAAGAAAAGCUCAAGGACCACCACAACAACUUAGGAACUCUUGGAUGCUGGGAAGCCCUUGUGGGGAGGAAAAAGGUAUGCGUGGAGUUCGCAUUGUUGAGAAAGGAAGACUAA